AGGCUCCCCGCGGAGGGCCGUUCUCUCCCGGUGCCGCCCCGCAGGAGCGCCCAGCGGCGAGCGGAGACGGACUCGCUCCUCGUACCCCGCGCGGCGGGACGGUCCCGAGGCCCCGGAGCGGGCUGGGCGCCUGGCACGGGGAAGCGCCGUCAAGGGAGCCCCAGCUAAGCCUGCGCCUGACGGGGAGCGGACAGGAUGCCGCUGUUUGCGCCAUCUUCGGGCAGGAAGACCUCCAGGGAGGAGGAGCGGUGCCUGCGAGCAAAUGACCGGGCCUUCAAUCUGCAGUUUGAUUAUGCUAAAAACUCCAUUAAAACUUCCAAGUACAACUUAUUCACCUUCUUCCCCCUCAACCUCUUCGAGCAAUUCCAGCGCAUUGCCAAUGCCUACUUCCUUUUCCUGCUCAUCCUGCAGCUCAUCCCUGAGAUUUCCUCCCUCUCCUGGUUCACCACAGUGGUGCCUCUGGUCUUGGUCCUGGCCGUGUCCGCAGUCAAGGAUGCCAUCGAUGAUGUUAAUCGCCAUGCAAAUGACAAUCAAGUCAACAACCGGCCAGUUAAGGUUCUAAUUAAUGGCAGCUUGAAGGACGACUUGUGGCUCAACGUCCAGGUUGGAGACAUAAUCAAGUUGGAGAACAAUAAUUUUGUGACGGCAGAUGUGCUGCUGCUCUCCAGCAGCGAGCCCCACAGCCUGGCCUACAUUGAGACAAUGGAACUGGACGGGGAAACCAACCUGAAGGUGAAGCAGGCCCUGAGCAUCACCGCUGUGCUGGGUGGGGACCUGCGGGCCCUGAGCAGCUUUAACGGGGAAAUCCGCUGUGAAGCCCCCAACAACCGGCUGGGCAAGUUUACUGGGACCCUCUUCUUGAGGAAGGAGAAGUUCGCCCUGGACAACGAGCAGCUGCUGCUGAGGGGCUGCAUCAUCCGGAACACCGACUGGUGCUUCGGGCUGGUCGUCUUCGCUGGGCCAGAUACCAAGCUGAUGCAAAACAGCGGAAGAACCACUUUGAAACGGACGAGCAUCGAGCGUCUCAUGAAUUACUUGGUCUUGGUGAUCUUCAUCUUUUUGGCUGUCAUGUGUUUGAUCCUCGCCACUGGCAGCUGUAUCUGGGAAUUCAGACAGGGCUACCGGUUCCAGGUGUACCUGCCCUGGGCAACCGAUGUCCACUCAGCGUUCUUCUCCGCAUUUCUUGUGUUCUGGUCGUACGUCAUCAUCCUCAACACCGUGGUGCCCAUUUCCCUCUACGUCAGCGUCGAGAUCAUCCGUCUGGGCAACAGCUUUUACAUUGACUGGGACCACAAGAUGUACUACCCACCCCAUGAUAUGCCCGCCCAGGCCCGCACCACCACCCUUAAUGAGGAGCUGGGGCAGAUCAGAUACAUCUUUUCAGACAAAACAGGGACCCUCACCCAGAAUAUUAUGGUCUUCAACAAAUGUUGCAUCGCUGGAAAGGUCUAUGGAGAUAUUUUGGAUUCAGAUGGAGACCUGGUGGAAGAUGCCCAGACGAUGGAGAAAGCUGAUUUCUCAUGGAACCCGUUGGCUGACCCAAAGUUUGUCUUCUACGACCAGAGUCUGGUUGAAGCGGUGAAGGCCGGGGAUAAGUCCGCACACCGGUUCUUCCGCCUCCUUUCCCUCUGCCACACGGUGAUGCCAGAAGAAACGAAGGAGGGUGUACUGCUGUACCAGGCCCAGUCCCCGGAUGAGGGUGCGUUAGUGACUGCCGCCCGGAACUUUGGCUUUGUGUUUCGUGCCCGUACCCCCACGACCAUCACCGUGGUGGAAAUGGGGGAGGUCCUGGUUUACGAGCUGCUUGCUAUUCUGGACUUCAACAAUGUGCGCAAAAGGAUGUCCGUCGUUGUGCGAAACCCGAGCGGCAAGCUGACCCUGUACUGCAAAGGUGCCGACACCAUCCUGUACGAGCUGCUCCAUCCUUCCUGCAGACAUCUCAAGGAAGAGACCACCGACCACCUGGAUGAGUUUGCAGGGGAGGGCUUGCGGACCCUGGUCGUGGCUUACCGGGACCUGGAGGAAUUCUACUUCGAGGACUGGCGGCAACGUCACCACCAGGCGAGCACAGACCUGGAGGACCGGGAGGAAAAGCUGUCUGAACUGUAUGAGGAGAUUGAGAAAGACCUGCUGUUACUUGGCGCCACCGCCAUCGAGGACAAGCUGCAGGACGGUGUUCCCCAGACCAUUGAGAUCUUGGAACGGGCACAUAUUAAAAUCUGGGUGCUCACCGGUGACAAGCAAGAGACUGCAGUGAACAUUGGCUACUCCUGCAACAUGCUAUAUGACGCCAUGAAGGACAUCUUCUUCAUCAACGGCAACAGCUCGGAGGAGGUGCGGCAGGAGCUCAGGGAAGCGAGGGACAGGAUGCAAGCGGAAGCUGCUGCAAAGGAGGAAGAAUUCGAUCUCCACACCAACAAGUCCAGCUGCUGCAGCUGCUGGCACAAAGAGCAAGCCAGCGGAGAGUAUGGCCUGAUAAUUAACGGGCACAGCUUGGCCUACGCACUGGAGGGGGAGCUGGCGGAAGAGCUGGUGAACACGGCCUGCCUGUGCAAGACGGUGAUCUGCUGCCGGGUGACCCCUCUGCAGAAGGCCCAAGUGGUGGGGCUGGUGAAGAAGUACAGGAACGUUGUCACCCUGGCCAUCGGAGAUGGCGCCAACGAUGUCGGCAUGAUCAAGACUGCCCACAUCGGCGUUGGCAUCAGUGGCCAGGAGGGGAUGCAGGCGGUGCUGUCCAGCGACUUCUCCUUCGCACAGUUCCGCUACCUGCAGCGGCUGCUCCUGGUCCACGGCCGGUGGUCCUACAUCCGCAUGUGCAAGUUCUUGUCCUACUUCUUCUACAAGAACUUUGCCUUCACGCUGGUGCACUUCUGGUACGGCUUCUUCUCCGGCUUCUCUGCCCAGACUGUGUAUGAUGAAUGGUUCAUCACCCUUUAUAACAUGGUGUACACCUGUUUGCCAGUGCUUGGAAUGAGCCUCUUUGAUCAGGACGUUGAUGAUCGCUGGAGCUUGCAGUUUCCCCAGCUGUAUGCGCCUGGCCAGCAGAACCAGUACUUCAACAAGAAGGAGUUUGCCAAAUGCAUCGUGUACAGCAUAUACAGCUCUCUGGUGCUUUUCUUCAUCCCCUACGGAAUCAUUUUUGACUCCACGCGGAGUGACGGAAAGGACAUUGCCGAUUACCAGUCCUUUGCCCUCAUGGCGCAGACCUGUCUGCUCGUCGUGGUGUCAGUCCAGAUAGGCUUGGACACAGCCUACUGGACGGCCGUGAACCAGCUCUUCAUCUGGGGCAGCCUGGCGGUCUACUUUGCCAUCACCUUCACCUUGUACAGCGACGGCACGUACCUGAUGUUCACGUCCUCCUUCCCCUUUGUCGGCACGGCCCGGAACACCCUCAACCAGCCUGAGGUGUGGCUCGGCAUCUGCCUCUGUGUGGGCCUCUGCGUCCUGCCGAUUGUUGGCUUCCGGUUCCUGAAGAUGCAGCUCUGGCCAACCCUCAGUGACAAGGUCUUGCGCGAGGUGAAGCGGCUCCGCAAGGCCCCCGCCCCGCCCGCCCUGAAGCGGUACCUGCAGCGCAGCGCCUCCCGCCGCUCCGGCUACGCCUUCUCCCACCAGCACGGCUUCGGGGCCCUCAUCACCUCUGGGCGGAACAUGCGCCCCAGAUCGCCCUUCGGCGAGUCGGGGACUUUCUCGCCCUACACUGAGAAGUACCGGCUGAGGCUCGACAAGAAGGAGCAAGGCGCCUCGUAGACACUCCCGGCUUGCGGGUCUGGCUACGGAGACCAGCUCGGGGGGCCGGAUGGGACCCUCGCUUCGGCCCGCAACCGGCCGCCCCCUGAGGUUGGACUUUUGGGGCGCGGGGAGCUGCGGACAGCGGGACGGGCGCGGUCGGAGCGGUCGGGGAGCCCCGUGGCAAAGCGCCCGCCCAUUCCCGGCCCCCUCCCCAGGGGCGAGAAAGAGCAGAGCGGGCAGGAGGGGCGGGGUGGGGCAGCCCUUUCUCCCCCCAGGGCCAGGCCGGGCAGAGGGUGUCCAGAAAGGCCAGGCUGCGGCGGGGGGUGGGGGCUCCUAGCUGGUCCUCAGCAGCUCCCGGGAUUCAAUGCCGGCCCCGGGGAGCCUCCUGAAGUGUAGCACUGACCGCAGCCGCUCCCUGGAAUAGUUUCCACCCAGAGGAAGUGGGCUGAAACGGCUCCCAUCUGAGCAGAGCGCUCUGCAGGCCAGGGAGGGGCGGGUGGGAGCCUCCACUCUCCCCCGCCCAGGGAAGUGAUGCCACCUGAGGCCUGAAGAAAGAUGCUGCCCCGCGGAGAGUUGGGGCUUCUCGGAGCCCGACGGGUGAAUGGCGGUUCCCGCCAAGCAAAGGUCUCCUGGGGCGGGGCGGGGCGGGGCGGGGCGGGGGGGGGGCGCACGGUUCAGGAAGGGCCGGAUCCCCGAGCAGCACGGCUCGUGUGGGCUCGCCAGCUUGGAGGGAGGGCCGCGACGGUGCUCGAUGCAUCGCCAGCAGGUGAAGCCAGGGGGGCCGCCCCGGGGUGCCCCUUCUUCCCGGCUCUUGGGCCGGACGGGAUGCGCCGCCCCACCUAAGGCUCCUUCGGGAGGGCGGGGAGGCGAGAGCCCCGUGGCAGCCUCCGGGGGAGCCGUCUCUGGCCCUCGGGGAAGGGCGGUGGGGAGGUGGGAGAGCAGCGCAUCGGCCCUCGCCCCGCCGGUGGGCAGGGAAGGCGGGGAGUGUAGAGCUGUUGCCGACCCCAAGCCGGCCUUCCUUUUGUACCGCGCUGGUUAAUAAACCAGGGAGCCAAAGGGGCCUGCUUUAGGCGCGCUCUCGAGCUUCAGCCCCGCCAAACCCGAGCGGGAGAGGGGCGGGGAGGAAGGGGGUCCGCCGGCCUCGUUUGGUUUGAGCGGCGGAUGCGGUCCUUCCGCCCAGCUUGGGCGUCUGCGGAUCAUGCGGGGCAGGCAACGUGGUUUGCUCUGCUGGUCCUGCCCGGGCUUUACCCCGCAGCGUAUCUGGGCUGCGGACCGCAGUCGAGGGUCUGAGCGGCUGGGAGGAGGCAGAGGCCCCUGUAGCGCGCGCGCGGCGUCGGUCCCCCAGUUGCUCAAGGCGGGCGAGUCCCCUCUCCGUUCUCCAACGGGUCCCUUCCUGUUUCUCGUCCACCUGGCCUGAAGGGCGGCUGCCGCGCGGUGGGUCGGCUGGAGAUGAAAGGCACCGCCCUCCCCGCUCCCCGCUGAGUUGCGGCCUGACUUGCCCCCACCCCUGCCCGAGGGUGAGGCAGCCUCAGAACUGGGUCAGCCGUGAGGCCAGAAAUGCUGUUGGCAACCUUGCAGCGUUGCAGGCAUCCCUAGGACCUAGGAAGUGAGGGGCCAUGACUGGUGGGCUUGUAAAGGAGCCCCUUCUGGGUCCCCUUGGCACAAGAAAUUCGGGGAGGGGAGGAGAUAGGAAAAAAGGGGCCCAAAGUUCUAGAAGGGAGCAGAUGGGGGAGGCUUGGGGCUGGCCCUUGUUCUAGAAGGGAGCAAGGGUGGACGGGCAGGGCAGCUGGCUGGCGGGAUGUGCUUAUUGUUGGGCUGGAGAUGCCACGCCUGCUGGAGGCAGCUAUCCAGAGGAAGCCCGCUGCUGCAGGCAGGGCCCCCCCACUGCUCAGCUGGUCAAGCACCCGCUGGCUUUUGGCAAAGGUCUCUGGCCUCCCUUCACUUCUGGUUAGUAGGGCCACAAGGCCCCUGCUGCCGAGGCCACUCUGAGGGCAGCCGCCCUGCCCCGUGCCCUUCCUUUGCGGGUGUCCUUGGGGGGCCUGCCGUGGGGUGGAAGCUUGCUGGAAAAUUUGCCCCACAAUGUUCCUCUGCUGAGGUACCUUUUUUCCACAAGUAUUUCUGUUUAAUUUUUAGAAUGGUAUUGCUUCAUCAAAAAUUAUUGCAUAAGAUGGCUAUGGAAAUUAUUAUCAGCCAGGAUUAGGGAACAGAAGGGAUAUUAUGCUAGUCAAAUCUAAAUCCAGUGUUGUAAUUUUUUUAUGCCCAUAUAUUUAUGCACACAGCAAUUCAGGCUUGCUGAGGGUAAUAUAUUUAUAAUGUUGAGCUUUUAAAAAAUUACAUAAUACAAGGGAAAUGUCUAUUA